CGCAGCUAGUGUAAACAGUGCGCAAUAAAAAUACUCGUUUUAUGAUAAGUGAAAUAGCGAAAGUAAAGGAAAUACUGUAGCUAUGCAUGUGCUAGUGUAAUUAAGUAGGAAUAAAUACAAAUAAAACGUUGAAAACCCAAUUUAUCAAUUAUUAGUUUAGCGUUCCACCUGAAUGUUCUAGACGCGAUGUUUAAGAAUAGCAUCAAUUUAUUCUUUAUGCUCACACUAAUCCAACUGACAGCUGCAAUUGACUCUGCGCACCCAAACACAGUGAAAGCAGCGUCAAUUGCCCAGCAAAAUUUACACAGAACAUUCCAAAGCACAUCGCUCUUAUAUGGCUUAUCAACUCUAAGUGAUGAGAAUUUCAUCGAACAGCGCUGUCACGCCCACUUGCAGCUAUUCCAGCAGGGUGUAAUGGAUAAAUUGCCAUGGGCUUUGAAAAUGUUCGACGCUUCAGCCAGUAUCGAGCCAGGUUUCACAUUCGGUAACAAUUUCUGGUUGGGCAAUCGUGAGGUUUGCGGCGCGGUAGGGCAGCCUACGAAUAUGCAAAUUUCCGCGCAUCUAUCACAUCAUAUGAAUGCCGAGCUACUAACCUCAGUGGCGCCCUUCGCAACCGACUUUCGUGUCGUUUAUUUGCGACAUAAUUCUAGCUGGCAGGUGGAUCCACUUGUGCUUGUUUUUGCCAGUCGCGUACAUGUGGCUCUCUGUUUGCCGAGUGCUUGCUCUGAGCGUGAAAUUCGGCGUCUUACAAAUGCCUACUUGGCGACCGAUCUUUUUGCAGCUAAUGAGCUGUACGAUAUGCAUUUGCAAUAUGAAUAUACGAAGGAUUUGAAGCUGAAAGCGGCGACUUUCAUGAGAGCCUCCUUAUAUCUCUGCUGUAUUUUUAUACUAACAACAAUUGGCCUUACGGUAGUUGCCAUGUCAAGCAAGAAAUUGCAGGAUAUAGAAAUACUUAAAGAAAAGGUGACGAAAGUGGCUACUGGCGAGGAAAAUGGCACUAAGGCUCCACACUCCGAUUCCCAACAAGCACUACAACAAGUAGUGCCGGCAGUAGACCUUAUCGCUUGCUAUGACAUCCAAGCAAAUUGGCGGCACAUUUUCACUCCCACCAAAGCGGGUCAAACAUUUGCCGCCUUGAACGGCUUGCGUUUUGGUAGCGCCUUAUGCGUCACCUUUUACCAUUACUUGAUGUUCCUCUUCAAUGGUACAAGAAACAAGUUGACGCUUUUCAGUUAUCAAGUACAUAUAGGAAAUGUGGAUAUAUUUGUUGAUAUCUUUUUUACGAUCAGCGGUUUCUUGCAAGCCUACAACCAUUUCCGGAAUGUCAAGUUAUUGCAGAUUAUACGUCAAAAUAAUUUGACACAAAAUUUAAAGUUAAUUGGAAUGUAUUUAUUUCACCGCUACUUGAGAUUAGCUCCAAUGUACUUGCUGGUCAUCGGCUUAUCAGACUUCGGCGCGCAACUCAUGGAUGACAUAUCGCUAUUUCAUAACGCACAUAAGGUACAUGUAAAUUGCGAAAGACACUGGUGGAGAAAUGUGUUGUUCAUACAAAAUUUCUUCAAUCACAAUGAUAUGUGUGUACUCUGGACGUGGUCACUGGCAUGCGACAUGCAAUUUUCUGUGUUGGCAACUGUGCUGCUCUUCACAUAUAUCAAACAUCCCGGCCACACAAAAAUCUGUCUCGUUGUGCUCGUCAUUGCAAAUAUUCUGUACACCUACACCAACGGCCUCAAACUGAACUUCGAUCACUCGCUCGAAUCCACUUUUGCACUUCUAACUGAAAUCUAUAUCAAUCCUUUUUCGCGUAUUUUGGCUUACAUUUCUGGCGGCAUCGCUGGUUGGUUCUAUGUAGAGCAGCGGCAGCUACCGUUUACCUUAAGUAAAAACACAAAACAAUUCUUUGGCUAUUUGGUGCCUCUUAUAUUUUUCGGCUGCAUCUUUAAGCCUCCCUAUCACAAUCUUUCCCCUUUCAAUUCGACCCUUAUAUUACUCUUGGAGCGAUUUUGCUUUUCUAUGGUCAGCAGUGUUUUGAUUCUAGCAAAUGCGAAAGGUCAUAUGCGUUGGUUUUUCCGCAUCUUCGAGUCGUUUGUGUUCCAGAAAUUUAAUAAAGUUGCCUAUGCGAUGUUCCUGUUGAAUCCAAUGUUGGCGUUUGGGCUUCCGGGAUUUAGUCAAUCGAAUCUGUAUGCCAAUCCAUUGAAUAUGUUGGCCGAAUUUAUCGGACUUUUGGUCGUUUUAUUACUAUUUUCAAUACUCUUCACUUUACUCUUCGAUAUACCCUAUCAAAAUUUAUCAAGACUGCUGGUCAACUACCAAAGCAAGCGAAAACUUGGCUAACUAAUAUAAUACAUCCAUAGGCAAAUGAGUUUUUUUUAAUUUGUGGCAAUGGGUUUCUCACUGCACUAGAAUUAAAUUUUAUAUUUAUAGUCGUUUCUGGGAAACGUUAAAUAGUUUUGUAUGUACAUGUUAUAUAUAA